AUGGUUUUUGGAUUGGUGGGUCAGUCGCCAGUGGUGGCGAAGGUCAAGGUGCUAGAAAAGGUGAAACAUGUUGACUGUAGUGUGAGCCGAAGUAUGCCCACCUUUGUGGUGGAGCCGAGCAUGGAAUGUGUGUCGACAUUGGCAAUGAUGCCAUAUACGUUCCAGGCAGCAGGCGACAAGGCUAGGGUGUGUAUGUUAAAUUUGGGUGAUAGACCAGUAACACUCCAGGCACAACAGGUUGUGGGGCAUGCUACGGAAGCAGCACCUGUGAAAAAUGACAAAUUGCCGCCAUCUGUGACGAUUGGUGUUAAAGCAGAGGACCGGAAAAAGACAGCUUUUGUGCCAAAGUAUGGACUUUUUGAGUUUGUGCGCAUGGGCUUUGGGCUGUGUAACACCCCGGCAAUGUUUGCCCGAGCCAUGAACCUGGUUUUGAGAGGGCUAACCUGGAAUAUGGCAUUGCCAUUCUUGUAUGAUAUUCUGGUCAUGGUGAUAGGUCCCAACGGGGUAGAGAUGGGCACUGGAUAUGCCGACAGUGUUCAGGAGUGGCCUAUUCCCCGGUGCACAAGGGAGGUAGAAAGUUUUUUAGGGUUUGCCAACUACCAUCGCAAUUUCAUAGCUAACUUUGCUGAAAUUGCAGUCCCCUUGUACGAGAUCACGGGUAAAAAAGCAUUUAUGUGGGGACCUACCCAGGAGGCCGCUUGGGUUAGGCUAAAAGAGGCACUGGUAUCCACUCCGGUGCUAACAUUGCCCAACAAAGACGACCCUUUCAUUCUUGAUACAGAUGCGUCGGAUAAGGCAAUAGGGGCAGAGUUGUCUCAGCUGCAGAAUGGCACUGAGAGAACAGUUGCUUAUCCCAGCUAUAGUCUAACCUCGGAACAGAAAAAAUACUGUACUACCCGGAAAGAACUGUUGGCGGUGGUAAAGUUUACCCGUCAGUUCCGCCACUACCUGCUGAGUAGGAGGUUCUUAAUGAGAACUGAUCACAACAGUUUAACCUGGUUGUUAAACUUUAAGCAACCACAAGGUCAGUUAGCCCGAUGGUUAGAGGAACUGGGUCAGUAUAACAUGCAGAUUCAACACCGACCUGGUAAGCAGCACAUGGACGCUGAUGCCUCGUCAAGACUGCCGGUAUCCCACUCAUGCACAGAAUUUAAGGCAGGUGUCAGACCAGAAAACUUGCCUUGUGGAGGCUGCAAGUAUUGUGUACGAGCCAAUGACAAAUGGGGCUCGUUUUUUGACAACGUGGAUGAUGCAGUACCUUUAGCCACCAGGGUGGAUCAGCCAAAACUGGUACGGCAGGUGGUUUCCGCUGUGAAUGAAAGAGUGCAUCAGUGGUGCAGAGUACUGAGUUCCAGCAGUUGCUCACUGGGGGUAUUGAGUUCGAUCCCCAGCCAGAGUAGGGGGCCAUUGUGUACACACAUAGAUGUGGGCGUGGUCCCAAACAAAGUGCUGUCAGUAACUACUACUGAGGACAGUUCGGGUGAUAACUCCUUUGUGGGGUAUUCGGCUGGCCAGAUGAAGGAAAAGCAGCGUGAGGAUCGGGGUUUGAGACAGGUUAUCCAAUGGUUGGAAACUCAGGUAGUAACCAGUGAGGCAGAAUUGUUUCUGGGCGACCGUCAAUCCAAGUGCUACUGGAUUAACAGGGACACGUUUCAUUUAGAUGAACGUGGGGUCCUGUACAAACGGAUUGAGGAUGAUUCGGAGAGCAAAGAACUGCUAGUUGUACCCCAUUCCUUACGGCGUGAGUGGCUCAGGGUAAAUCACGAUAUUCCAGCAUCGGGACACCAGGGCGUGGAACAUACCAAGGGUAGGAUGCGUGCCUGGUAUUAUUGGUACGGUAUGUCUCGGGCUGUAAUAUACUUUGUAUUUACCUGUAUGCAAUGCAACCGUUGCAAGAAGGGUAAUAGGAAGGCGAGGUGCCCCAUGAAAAGGUUUCAUGCGGGGGUCCCUAUGGAGAGGGUACAUCUUGACUUCCUAGGGCCAUUACCCAAGACUGAAAAUGGUAAUGAGUAUGUGUACUCAUGA